UGUCUGCGGCUAUUCUAAUAGCGUACGCUUUUAUGGCUGCAGUUAUUACGAAAACCAACACGCCACCAGAAUCUCAUUACACGAAAAAUGGACAGCCGCCGAACGAAUACGAUUUCAUAAUUGUGGGCGGUGGAACGGCUGGCUGUUUGGUUGCAAACAGACUGUCGAAGGAGGCUCAUCUCAAAGUGUUACUGAUCGAGGCUGGUGGGGUCGAGAAUGACGUCACGGAAAUCCCUGCGUUCGCUCUAGUAACACUGGGAGGACCAACUGAUUGGAAAUACAAGACUGUGCCACAGAAGCACUCCUGUAAGGCAUUGAAGGAUAAUGUAAGCGUGUGGAACAGGGGUAAAGUUCUUGGCGGCACCAGUGUCCUGAACUUCAUGUUCUACGUGCGCGGUCACAAGGAGGAUUUCGACAAGUGGGAGAGAGAAGGAGCUACUGGAUGGUCUUACAAGGACGUCCUGCCUUACUUUAAAAGCAUCGAGAAUUUCACGGUGUCUGAAGACAAUGGCAACGAGGUUGCCGACAAGGCAGCAAAAGCAGCAUUGCAGAAGACCAGGCUUAGUGCCAUACCCUUCUCAAAGGCCGACAGCAAAAUCCAUCUGAAGAACACGAUUCAACAACUCACUAGAAACCUCUGGAAGGCAUCUCUACGGCCCGCAGAUUACCUCUCUACAAUAGAUCCAGCUUUCCACGGCCACGAAGGCGAGGUCACAAUUACCCAUCCUGUAGUGAAGUCUAACCUCAGUGACGCCUUCCUAGAAAGCUGCAAGGAGAUUGGUUACGAUCAAGUUGACUAUAAUGGAGACACUCAAAGGGGGUGUUCGAGACCGCAGCUUACCAUCAAAGACGGCCGCCGUGUGAGUGCCAGCAAAGCAUUUAUAAGGCCUGUUGUGGCAAAUCGCUCCAAUUUGCAUGUAUCGCUUCAUAGCUUUGUGAAGAAGAUAACAUUUGAUACAGACAAGAAAGCUACGGGGGUUGUGUUCGAGAAGAAUGGGAUUGAGUACGCAGUAAAGGCUGCGAAAGAAAUCAUCUUAUCAGCCGGCACCAUUGGUACACCUCAUAUCCUCCUUUUAUCAGGUGUGGGUCCGAAAACGCACCUGAAAGAUAAAAAGAUUAAUCUGGUGGCUGACCUCCCUGUGGGAGAGAAUCUUCAGGAUCACGUAGGUAUUGGUGGGUUGGCAGCAACAACAGAACAAGAGUACGGCCUGGACAUGAGUAGUGCCUCAUCUUUCAUUCACUAUGGAACGAGAGCAUAUGGCCCUCUAGCGACUCCAGGAGGUGAAGUCUUAGGCUUUAUGAGCUCCACACACACCAAUGACAGUUACCCUGACGUGGAACUCCUGUUUGCCAGUGGAAGCCCGGCUCGGCCACAAGCGCAAAUGCUCUAUACCGGUGGCGGACUUCAACAAACUAUUUACGAUCAAUAUUACCUACCGAAUCGUGGCAAACCAGGAUUCAUGAUCAUUCCCGUUUUGAACAGGCCAAAGUCGACUGGUACAAUUAAAUUAAACACUUCUGAUCCACGCGACUAUCCCAUCAUCGAUCCGAAAUAUUAUUCCCAUGAAGAGGACAUAAAGGUGGCAGCCGAAGCCGCAGAGUUAGUCCUCAGGGUCAUGAACACUACCGCCAUGAGAAAAUUUGGGACUGCGCCAUGGAGUAUUCCGUUUCCGGGAUGCUCAGCAGACAUGUACACCAAGGAGUACCUGAAAUGCCUGCCGAGACAGCAGACUCUGACGGGCUGGCAUUACGUAGGCACCUGCAAGAUGGGUUGUGACGACAACGCAGUCGUGGAUCCCUGGCUCAGGGUACGAGGUGGUGUGAAGAACUUACGUGUAGUGGACGGGUCCAUCAUGCCAACCAUCGUCACGGGAAAUGUCCUGGGAGCCAUAUACAUGAUUGCAGCCAAAGGAGCAGAUAUGAUACUUCAAGACCACGAAUUACCGCCGUUUGUUCAAGUUAAUAAACAAUCUGUUUCAUAA